GGCCAAAAAGGAGAAGCAGCUAUUUACUUAGUCACUUGCCAAUAUGAGAGGGGACCAGAGGUUACAGAGGGAGGACAUGGUUAAGAAUUAAAAGUCAACACCACUGGAAUAAAGUUAAUAUUGGACCACAUCAAUCCAGGCACGAAGAAUUUCUCUGCCAACCUCAAGUGCUUUUGUCAACACACCCGUGGCAGCACUGAAAAUAGAACCGCGAAGUUUAUCUUGGGACAACAAAAGGAUUUUACAAGUCCAUAGUAUGAGUGUAGCUUAAUAAACCACGAUAACGAUGAAGCCUUCAUCUUCCAAAAUCACCUCAGACCACUUUCUGCUGUGUGUCUUCCUGAGUCUACUUUGGGGUUCCACUGACUCCAACGCAACAUCAUCAGCACCAGACACAACACUGACAAGUUCAACAAACCCAACAGAGACAACAACACGGUUAACCACUCUGACAACCCUUCAAACAACAAAAGCACCUCCUGAAGAUGUGAGAAACGUGACCGUGUUGACACAAGACGAAAGUAGCAUAACUCUGAAGUGGGACAAGGUUGACAACAUCUUAACAUACAUCCUACAAUAUCAUAACAAUGGUAGUCUCAAGGAGGACUUCAUCACUGCAUCCGAGGAAGGGUCAUCAGUUACACAUUUGGUUACUCCUCUGUCUGCUGGGAGAAAAUACAAUUUCACUCUCAUCACUGCGUUUGAGGGGGUCAACAGCACUGGACACAGAUUUGACGCUGUCACUGCUCCUCUUAAUGCAGUAGAUUUCAAAUCACUUGACCAAACUGAGACCAGUAUAACUCUGCAGUGGCAAAGAGUGGGAACUAUCUCUAACUAUGUACUUGUGUUCAAUGGAAGUGAGAUAAAUGUCCCUGCAUCAGCGGAACAAGUGAAUCACACAAUCUCAGAGCUCACAAGUGGGACUGAAUACAACGUCACUCUCUUCACUGUGUUUGAAACUGUUAAAAGCAGUGGAGUAAACCUCUCUGCAGUCACUGCACCUGAAAAUGUGAAGAACGUGAACGUGUCAACACAAAAUGAGAGUAGCAUAACUCUGAUGUGGGACAAAGUUAACAACAUCUUAACAUACUUCCUACAAUAUGAUAACAAUGGUAGUCUCAAGGAGGACUUUAUCCCUGCAUCCGAGGGAGUGUCAUCAGUUACACAUGUGGUUACUCCUCUGUCUGCUGGGAGAAAAUACAAUUUCACUCUCAUCACUGCGUCUAAGGGGGUCAACAGCACUGGAUACAGAUUUGACGCUGUCACUGCUCCUCUUAAUGCAGAAGAUUUCAAAUCACUUGACCAAACUGAGACCAGUAUAACUCUGCAGUGGAAAAAAGUGCCGGACAUCCCCGAAUAUAUACUUGUGUUCAAUGGAUCUGAGAUAAUCGUCAAUGCAUCAUCAGCCGACGUGACAGUGACAAAAUUAAUCCCAGGGCUCAUAAAUGGGACUAAAUACGACUUCACUCUCUUCACUGUGUUUGGAAAUAUCAGAAGCAGAGGACUAAACCUCUCUGCAGCUACUGCUCCUCGUGAUGCAGAAGAUUUCAGAUCGGUUGACCAAAAUGAGACCAGUAUAACUCUGCAGUGGCAAAUAGUGGGAACUAUCUCUAACUAUGUACUUGUGUUCAAUGGAAGUGAGAUAAAUGUCCAUGCAUCAGCGGAACAAGUGACACACACAAUCUCAGAGCUCACAAGUGGGACUAAAUACAACGUCGCUCUCUUCACUGUGUUUGAAACUGUUAGAAGCAGAGGAGUAAACCUCUUUGCAGCUACAGCUCCUCUUAAUGCAGUAGAUUUCAAAUCACUUGACCAAAAUGAGACCAGUAUAACUCUGCAGUGGCAAAGAGUGGGAACUAUCUCUAACUAUGUACUUGUGUUCAAUGGAAGUGAGAUAAAUGUCCCUGCAUCAGCGGAACAAGUGAAUCACACAAUCUCAGAGCUCACAAGUGGGACUAAAUACAACGUCACUCUCUUCACUGUGUUUGAAACUGUUAGAAGCAGUGGAGUAAACCUCUCUGCAGUCACGGCACCUGAAAAUGUGAAGAACAUGAACGUGUCAACACAAAAUGAGAGUAGCAUAACUCUGAUGUGGGACAAAGUCAACAGCAUCUCAACAUACUUCCUACAAUAUGACAACAAAGAGGACCCCAUCAGCGAAUCUCAAGACGCAUCAGUUACACAUGUGGUUACUUCUCUGACUGCCGGGAAAAAAUAUAAUUUCACUGUCAUCACUCUGUUUGAGGGGGUCAACAGCACUGGACGCUGGAUUGCAGCUGUCACUGCUCCUCUUAAUGCAGAAGGUUUCAAAUCAGUUGACCAAAAUGAGACCAGUAUAACUCUGCAGUGGCAAAACGUGGGAAAUAUCCCUUACUAUAUACUUGUGUUCAAUGGAAGUGAAAACAACGUCACUGCAUCAGCGGCACAAGUGACACACACAAUCUCAGAGCUCACAAGUGGGACUGAAUAUUACUUCAGGCUCUUCACUGUUUUUGAAAAUAUCAGAAGCAGUGGAGUAAACUACAGCCCAGUCACUGCUCCACGUAACACAGAUGUGUUAGAAUCAGUCGGACAAAAUGAGACCAGUAUAACUCUUCAGUGGAAAAAAGUGGAUGGCAUCCCCAACUAUACACUUGUGUUCAAUGAAACGAUGAUAAACGUCAAAGCAUCAGAGGGACUAGAAACCGUGACGCACACAAUCUUAGGGCUCAUAACUGCGACUAAAUACAACAUCACUCUCUUCACUGUGUUCAAAAAUGUCAGAAGCAGCGGAUUAAACACCACUGCAUUUACGGCUCCUGGAAAUGUUAAUAAUGUGACUGUGUUGACACAAAACGAGAGUAGUAUAACUCUGACGUGGAACAAGGUUAACAACAUCUCAACAUACUUCCUACAAAAUGAUAACAAUGGAAGUUCCACUGAGGUCAAUGGCGACACAUUUUAUCAAAAGGCAUCAGUUAUCUACGAGGUCUCUUCGCUUAAUGCUGGGACAAAAUAUAAUUUCAUUCUCAUCACUGGCUUUGAGAAAGUCAACAGCACUGGAUUCUCAUUUAACGCUGUGACUGUUCCCUCAAUGUUGCCUUUGGUCAAUGUGACUGAACGCUCUGUGACCAGCAUAACCCUGACGUGGCAGAGAGAGAAUAAAGACUGGGACUACUUUUUCGAAAUGAACGGGGUAAAUCCACAACUUCUCACAAAUAGAGCCUUGGAUGUUGAGUCCCGUUCAUUCACGUCUCUCCAGCCUGGAACAGCGUAUCGAUUCAGCGUGAUCACAGUGUUCUCUGGACUCAACAGCACCGCUUAUGAAGACUUCACAGUAACAGCCAUAGACUGUACCAAUGUAACCUGGCAUGUUACUACCUCAUCGAUCCAAGGAAGGGUUCAAGGCUUGUUCUCGAAUGCAACAGCCACUAGUAAAUCUCAAACUCAUGUCAGUCCUGGAGGAAACAACGUGUCAUUUACUGGCCUCUACCCUGGUGACACCUAUAACGUGUCUCUUGAGUAUGAAAUAGAUUCCAAGACCUUUCUACAGUGUAUCCACGAGCAGACAAUCAUUCCUCCGCCUUUAAGUGGUCGCUGUGAGUACUGGGCAGCUGGCUAUUCUGUCUUAAUCGUCUUGGAUGAACCGGCCGGUGUGUGGACUUCAGUGGAGGUGAACGGGAAAGAAUACCCAGAGUAUGGAAAUGGGGAAGAGCGUCUCAGAAUCUAUAUAUCUGGAUUCCAACCUGCUAAAACAUAUAAGAUGUCUUUAACUUCACUGUCCGGGACCGAAAGGAGUAAUAAACCAUUAGUUAUUUUGUGUCAUACUGAUCCAAGGGGAGUCAUUGCAGGGGCAGUAUUUGCUGUUCUGCUUUUUUGUGUCCUGGUCUGUCUGGCUGUCUUCAUUUUUUUUAAAAGACCAGAUAUUAUCAGCAGGAAAAAGCAAUUCAUCGGUGGUUCCAAACAACCAAAAAAAAAGUGCAAAGCUAUUUCUGUGGCAAAGUUUCCAGACCACUUCCACCAACUGGGUGUGGACGAGAACAGAGGUUUCAGCCAGGAAUAUGAGAGCCUCAGUCCUGUUGGCACGGAGCAAACACGAAAGGCAGCUACUGAACCUGAGAACAAAGCGAGGAAUCGUUUCAACAACGUCCUGCCAUAUGACUGGUGUCGGGUGAAGCUUACAUCCAGUCCCAAUGGAUCCUCCGACUACAUUAAUGCCAAUUACAUGCCAGGCUACAACAGCAACAGAGAGUACAUCGCCACCCAGGGUCCUCUGCCCUCCACAGUCAAUGAUUUCUGGAGAAUGAUCUGGGAACAAAGAGUGAACGGCAUCGUCAUGGUAACCAACUGCACCGAGGGAGGAAAGACUAAGUGUCAACGAUACUGGCCUGCAGACAGUAAACCUUGCCUUAACGGAGAGCUGUUGGUCACCAUCAGAUCUGAGCAGGAGGAGCCUUACUGGACAUUGAGGGAAUUUAGCGUGAAACACAGCAACAACUCAGGGGAGCGCACAGUGAAACAUUUUCACUUCACUGCCUGGCCUGACCACGGAGUCCCACAGGGCACCGAAGCCCUGAUCCAGUUCAGAGGACUGGUGAGACGGCACAUAGAGAGAGAAGGGGCUGGAGCGCCAACUGUGGUUCACUGCAGUGCUGGAGUGGGGAGGACAGGCACUAUCAUUGCCCUGGAUGUGCUGCUUCAGCAGCUAGAGAAGGAAAGAGCAGUGGGCAUCAAUGGCUUUGUGCACAAGAUGAGACUGAGCCGCCCACACAUGGUGCAGACAGAGUCCCAGUAUGUUUUCCUGCACCAAAGCAUCAUGGACCGUCUGCAGCCAAAUGAGAAGACUGAAGAGAACAUAUAUGAGAAUUCAGACAUGAUCUACGUCAACGCCACUGCACUCCGAGAGCUACGUUAGCACAAAUGCCUUAACUAAACAAGAAUAGGCUCGUUCGAGAUGAACUGCGCCUCGCCAGGGAAGUAGACGAGAUCAGGCGGCAGCAGCAGGGGGCGGUGA